AUGACCGUCAUGGCUGCACAGUGGGUGCACCAACCUUGUCAUUUUCCUCGUGCUUCCGCAAACAAACUAGCCACAAAAAGACAAUACGAACAACCCAGCAUUCAACCACUCAUUGAUCUCUUAAAGUCCUGCGAGGAAAAUGGGUCUCUGAAACAAGCCAAUUGCAUUCACGGGCAUGUUUUAAAAUCUGAUUUUAUAGAUCGAGACAAUUUGGUGUUUCUGAACCACGUAGUUCAUAUCUAUUCAAAAUGUAUGGAUUACUAUUCUGCCCGUAAGGUGUUCGAUGGUAUGUCUAAGAGAAACGUGUUUUCUUGGACUGUCAUGAUUAUUGCAUCGAACAACCAUGGCUACUACAGUUACGCAUUAGAACUUUUUUGCAGGAUGUUGGAACAGGGUUUGUUGCCUGAUGGGUUUGCAUUCUCUGCUGUUUUGCAGUCUUGUGUUGGAUUCGAUUCCCUUGAGUUGGGUGAGAUGGUUCAUGCCCAAAUUGUUGUUAGGGGUUUUCCGAUGCAUGCCUUUGUUGGGACACCUCUUCUCAACUUGUAUGCAAAGCUAGGAAAGUGUCAGUGUUCUGUUAAGGUGUUCAACAACAUGACAGACCUUAAUAAUGUUUCUUGGAAUGCAAUGAUUUCUGGUUUUACCUCUAAUGGUUUAUACCUACAAGCAUUUGAUUGUUUUCUUGCUAUGAUUGAAGUUGGCGUGUCGCCGAAUAAAACCACAUUUUUAUGUGUUUCGAAGGCAGUUGGGCUGUUAGGUGAUGUUAACAAGUGUCGUGAAGUUCAUAGGUAUGCUUCUGAAUGGGGAUUGGAUUGCAAUGCUUCGGUUGGAACAACUCUUAUUGAUAUGUACUCUAAGUGUGGGUUUCUGUCUGAUGCACGGGUGUUUUUUGACUCGAAGUUCAUGAGUUGUCUGGUUAGCGCGCCUUGGAGUGCAAUGAUAACAGGCUAUUCACAGGCUGGUUGUCACUUAGAAGCUUUGAAAAUGUUCACAAUAAUGUGUGAAAAUGGCGUCAAUCCAGAUCUUUACACAUUCUGUUCUGUGUUCAACUCAAUUGCUGCUUUAAAGUGCCUGAAACCCUUAGAGGAGACACAUGCGGUGGCUCUAAAAUGUGGACUCAAUGUGAGGGAAAUUAGUGUAUCAAAUGCCCUUGCUGAUGCUUAUGUCAAAUGCGAGUCACUUGAAGCUGGAGAGAAGGUAUUCUAUAGAAUGGAAAAGAAAGAUAUAGUAUCUUGGACAACCAUGGUGAAUGCAUAUUGUCAAUAUUCGGAAUGGGGGAAAGCCUUGGCUAUCUUCUCACAGAUGCGGAAUGAAGGCUCUGCACCCAAUAGUUUUACCUUAUCAAGUGUGAUUACAGCAUGUGGUGGUCUUUGUUUACUGGAAUAUGGCCAGCAAAUUCAUGGUCUAAUAUGCAAGGCCAGCUUGGAUACUGACUCAUAUGUUGAAAGCGCCCUAAUUGACAUGUACUCUAAAUGUGGCAAUCUGAGAGAGGCAAAGGAUAUAUUUGAAAGGAUAUCUAACCCGGAUACUGUUACCUGGACUGCAAUUAUAUCCACUUAUGCUCAACAUGGUCAUGUUGAAGAUGCCCUUCAACUCUUCAGAAAAAUGGAACAAUCAGCUGUGAAAGUCAAUGCUGUUACAUUGUUAUGUAUACUUUUCGCAUGUAGUCAUGGAGGGAUGGUGGAGGAUGGCCUGAAAAUUUUCAAUCAGAUGGAGGGUACCUAUGGCGUUGUACCAGAAAUGGAACAUUAUGCUUGUGUUGUUGAUCUCUUAGGCCGCGUUGGCCGCUUAGAUGAAGCAGUGGAAUUUAUCGACAGAAUGCCAACCGAGCCGGACGAGAUGAUUUGGCAGACUUUGUUAGGAGCGUGUAGGAUUCAUGGAAAUGCAGAACUAGGGGAGACUGCUGCUCAAAAGAUUCUAUCAACUCAACCGGAACAUUCUUCUACCUAUGUUCUUUUGUCCAACACUUACAUAAAAUCAGGGUUACUUGGAGAUGGAGUUAGUUUGAGAGAUGCCAUGAAAGCACGAGGCAUUAGAAAGGAACCAGGGUAUAGUUGGAUUUCUGUGAGAGGUGAAGUUCAUAAGUUUUAUGCUAGAGAUCAACAGCAUCCCCAGAAAGAUAAAAUCUACACUAUGUUAGAAGAGUUGACUAGGAAUAUUAAGUACAUACAUUAUGAACAAGAAUUAAGUAUAAUAUUCUAA